AUGGGCGUGAUUGGACCCAUCGCUCCCCACCAUAUGCAUCUUGAUUCACAUGGAUUUCAAGAAAAUGCUAGAUGUGAAUAUCAUUCAGGUGCUCCGGGGCAUAGCACUGAUGACUGUUGGACUUUGAAAAGAGCCAUAGAGAGACUCAUUUCUAAAAAAUUGAUUGUAGUGACAAAUGGCGAGGACCCUCCUAAUGUGACAAACAACCCGUUGCCAACACACAAUGAUGUUCAUUUUGUGGGAAUGAUUGGCCGAGAUCAAGGAUACAAGCCGGUCGAUCAAGCAAAAAUGACAGUGGGAGCGAUUCAAGAAGGAACAACUUUGGAAGUAAGUCCAAGCCGAGAUGUGCCGUUAAUUGUGAAAGGCGCCCCGAACUCAGAAAGGCCAUUAAUUCAGCUCUUUGGCUCACUUAGGAUCAGAAAUAGUUGGAACCUUUCUGCUUCUGUUCUAUAUUCAAAAUUACAGCAUUUGGAGUCAUUUGUAGGAUUAGAUCUUCAAAUUGUGUCUGGUUCAUUUCUGGUUUCUGCUGGGUUUCAAGCUAUUCCUGGACCGAUUGAGUUAGCUCUGGUGGAAAAACUCCUUUACACUCUCACGGGUAUAGUGCAAAAGGGAGGUGUGACAGGCCCCCCUAUCACAAGGCAGAAUCAGGGUGGUACGAAUGGUAUAAUGGAGCCGAUCGUAAUCAAACCUGUCGUGCAACCCCCUGUGACAAAUACGAAAACCAUUCCUUGGAACUACAACAAAACUGUGAUGACCUACAAAGGCAAGGAAAUCAUAGAGGAAGUGGGGGAAACUGGAGGUUUGACUCGAUCAGGGAGGUGCUACUCUCCAGAAGAGUUAAGGAAGGCCAAGCAAAUCAGAGAAGGCCAAUUGCCAAUAAAGAAACCAGUCACUGAAGCAAAGGCGGAAGAGUUUUUGAAGAAGAUGAAAGUUCAGGAUUACUCAAUCAUUGACCAGCUAAGAAAGACUCCUGCCCAAAUCUCUCUACUAUCUCUACUCAUACAUUCCAAAGAGCAUGUCCGCGUACUAAUCAAGGUCCUGAACGAGGCACAUAUCUCAAAGGAGACCACAGUGAAUCAGUUCGAGAAGAUGGCCAACAGAUUUUUCGAGGUGAACAGAAUCUCCUUUACUGAUGAUGAACUUCCCGAGGAAGGAGCCGGGCACAAUAAGGGUUUGAACUUGAUGGUCAAAUGUGAGGGGCAUUAUGUAAAGCGAGUCAUGGUUGACAGAGGCUCAAGUGUGGAUGUGUGCCCUCUCUCUACCUUGCAAAGCAUGAAGAUCAAUACAGACAGAAUCUGA